GUGAAAAGGGUCUCAAUGAGACUUUUAUUUUGAAAACACUCGCGCUGUUCUGUUUUAUUGUGUCGCUGCUGCAUCCUGGUUCACUGCUAUAGUUUAAAUAUCGCAGUAAACAUGCGGACAGCUGCUUAAACUCACUGGCUGCAAUGGUUUUAGAUGUCUGCAACAAUGAAAGUGCUUCUUCUCAAAGAGCCAAGAGAGAGUGAAAAUGAAGCAGACCCUUAUAUCAAGGAACUGGCCUCAUGUGGACAUACAGCUGCUUUGAUCCCGGUUCUGUCUUUCAAAUUUGUGUCUCUAAGUGAGCUUUCAGAGAGGCUCUUUCAGCCCGAGAGGUUUGGAGGUCUGAUCUUCACCAGUCCCAGAGCCGUGGAGGCGGUGAAGAUCUGUUUAGACUCUCACAAACAUAAAUGGGACACAGUGAAAGACAAAUGGAACGCAAAGUCAGUUUACGUGGUUGGAAAAGCGACAGCAUCUUUAGUUGAGGAUUUGGGCCUGCAUCCGCUGGGUGAAGAGACGGGAACCGCAGACACGCUCUCUCUGCUCAUCCUACAGAGAGAGAAUCAAGAGAUUCUGCCGCUUUUCUUUCCCUGCGGAUCCAUCAAACGUGAAGUUCUGCCCACCGCGCUGAGAAAGAACCGCGUUCCUCUGGAGACUCUGACUGUCUAUCAAACAUCUGAACAUCCUGAUCUGCAGAAGAACAUCACGGAUUAUUUCACUCAGCAGGGCGUCCCUGCUAGUGUUGCGUUCUUCAGCCCGUCGGGAGUGACGUUCUGUUUGGACUUGGUGAAGAGACUCUCAGGACCUCAGCUGGAGCAGAUAAAGUUUGCAGCGAUUGGACCCACGACGGCAGACGCGCUGCAGUCUCAUGGACUGACGGUCACAUGCUGCGCUGAGAAACCCACGGCCAAACACCUCGCUGCUGCCAUCACACGGGCCCUGACCCCUGACCUCUGACCCCUGACCUCUGACCCUCCUUCAGGGGCAGCCAGAGCCGAGCCAUUAUAUCUAGAUUUUAGAUAUAAAUAAUGAUUUAAAUGAACUUUUAAUAUCUAUUAUAUACAGAUAUCUGUAUCUGUAAGAAGAAGAUCAUAUUUGCAGCUGUAUGUUUCAUGUAUCAGAAUCAUCAUUAUCAUUUAUUUUGUGAUUUACACUAAAUCUCCUGAUCUUGAUGUGUUUUAUGUUGAAUGCAGUAACUCUCAGUGUGAUGUUAUCAGUGUGAACUGGUGAAUUUUUUUUUUUUUUUGUGCUCUAAAAAAUAAAAUACUCUUUUAUUUUUUAUUUGCAUUACUUUGAUGGAAGAUGCUUUAUAAAGUGCAGUAUCAAAAUCAAUUGUGUAUAUUCUCAAAUAAUGUUGAUGAGCAUAAUUUUAAAAUAAAUAAUUAAAAUUCUAA